GUGAGGGGUUAAGAAGCCACAACAACAUUGAAGUUGCAGGGAAUGGAGAAAAGGAUUUUAGGUCAUGUCGUAUAAGUUAAAGGAAAUAAAAAUCCGUGAAGUGAAAAGGAUUACCACAAGCGAUGCUUAGGGCAAUCACAGCGGACAAAUUUUGAGGGCGAAAUUUCUAUAAGUGGAGAGGAAAUGUGAUACCUCGACUGCGAUAGGUUCGACAUCAAGUACUGAAUCAGUUGGACCAAAUAAAUUGAGCCGAAAUUUUGUCCAUCACACCCUGGGCCCAAGUUGAAAAUUUUAAAAAGGGCAAUGAGUCACUCAAACCUAUUCGAUGCUACCAAGCUAGAUGAGAGCAUAUGUUAUGGUCAAGAGUACAUAUAAGAACUAUAGUAAGCUAUUCAAGACAAGGUAAGGGCACGCCAUUGAAGUUCAUAUAGAAAGAGUGAAAUCUUGAGCUAAAGAAGCACAGGAAUGAGUAGUAUGGAAGGAUGCGCCCGAUCAAAUUUCGAGGACGAAAUUUUUAUAAGGGUGGAGGAAAUGUUACACCCCGCUCUUUCCAAAAGUCAAAAUGACUAUUAUACCCUUGGGUCAAGUUCCACCGUUUUAUCGAUAAGGAUUAAAAAUGGGAACUAUCGGUUCAAGCGGUGCUGAAUUUUGACAUAAAAUGAGAAAGUUAGGGCAUUAAUUGAGUUUCGGAUUAAACUCACUCGUAAAUUAUGUAAUGCCCAGAAUACCCUUCCAAUUUCAACUAUAUCACCUACUGCCGCCUUCCUUAUGUUGAAAAGGAGACUUUGACCUUUUAGGGUUUGGAACUUUCGACCUGCCAAUCAAAAUAUUGGCCAGCCCACACGUCUAUAGUUCCCUCUCGCUUCCUUUCCUUCGCGAUUCCCCGACCGGACCUCUGUUUGCGCCUCCUCCGAGUCGCCGCCCCCAUGGGAAGCUACUGCUGCCGCACCUCCACGACCACGUCAUCGUCAUCAUCACCGUCGCUCCAGACCGUCAUCACCAACAGUCACCUCCCACUAUCACGCCUCGUUUACGGUAUUCUCCGGCAGCCGUGCCUCGUUUACCGUCUUCUCCAGCAGCCGCCACGACCGGAUACGAUCACUUCUGUCAGUGAUAAAAUGAGUGAAAUUGAAAUCCUCGCACAUGAACUAGCAGUUGAGGUUCUCAAGGAGCAAAUCAAGGAACUUUCUACUGAGAAGGAACAUAUUGAGAGCACUCUCAACCGUGUGACUAUGGAUCUGUCCCUCCUUCAGAUUGGAAGCAUUAAAGAGGAGCUUAGGUUAUCUGAGCUAUUUCAUUAAUUGAAAGCUGAUAUUGAUACAGAAAAGUUUCAUUUAUCUGAGCAAGUUGAAAAAUUAGUGGGUGUGUUGAAUGAUGAAAUAGCCCAGGGUCGUGCACAUGCCGAAGCCUCCUCAAAGUCUCAUUCAAGCAAAUUUAGCAAACUACAAGACUCAGCUUGCAGGAAGAUUUCAAAGCCGGAAACUAUGAAUCGAAAGAGCAUGGAGGAGAAGCUACUCACGGAAGCUGCACUUGAAUCUAUGAGGAACGAAUAUGGAAUGACGGAGUCUCCGACGACGAACCCGGCGUGGUCAAACUCAACUAUACUUCAAAAUAGGGGUACGGUGGCAUAGCUGACGAUCCCAGGAGUAUCCCCGUGUCGACGAAAUCGAAUUCGGACGUCGGAUGAGGGAGAUACGAGUCUCAAAAGUUUGGGAUGCAAUCGGAUAGUUCAGGUACCAUUCUUGGCAAUUCGAGAAGUUAGAGGAUUAAAUGUAUAAUUCUUCCAAAGAGGUCGUGGUCAACUGUGUUGACUGAAAAAUUUCAGAUUUGGUACCUGGUACUUUUAAACUGACUGAAUUUUUAUUUUGGUCAUAACUCGAUUAAUUGACAUCCGAUCGAGGAACCGUCUGCGCCUACGUAAUUGACACGCCAAAAACAACACCAAAUUGCGACCAAGUGUAAUCGCAGAAUGGGACUGCAGUAAAGUGGCAAGUUCUAAAUAUCAACCCGGGGUCUAGAUCUACUGCCUACUCCGUGAUUAUCUAUUAUCUAGCCAACUAAGUCGAUUGAUUGUUGUUUUAACUAAAAGCAGAAAGAAAGCAGGAAUUGGUUCGGUUUUCUCAAGCAAAGGAAGAGUCACUUGGGAAUGAGUCCCCAUAGCUCCUUAGUUAGGUCUCAGUUGUAAUUACCCUGGGUUGAUUUACUGUUGAUUAGACUGCGGAAGAUCCGACAGUAGCUUGGAAUCUCUUAAGCUGACCAAGCCCUCUCAGACUAACUACCCGGCAGACGACUAGUCUUCACCGGGAUAGAAAGCUGAAGCAAUAAGCACAAAACUCCACUACUGGAAUUGGAUUCCAGUACAAAGCAGUAGACUGACUAACUCUCGUAUAGCCAAUCUACUACUACCGAAUGAUGAAGCUCUAACAACCUAAUCAGAUUCCAUCUCUCUGAGGUUGCAGCAGAAAUCAAGAAAAGCUGAUCAGACUUCAAUCAAUUAAAUGAAACAUGCAUCAUUCGAUUGAAACCAAACAGUAUAAUCAUCCCAAGUCAUUACAAUCAAAUCCCUAACACAUGGAACUAGGGUUCUUCAUACCCUAGUGAGAGAAGGGUUAUACUCCAUAGAGAGAGAGAGGAAAACAGAAAUCAGAGUAGUCAUACUCAUAAAGAUGAGGAAAAUAUGCUCUGGGAUGUCGAUCUUCACUCCUGGGGACGCAAUCUGGGCUUCAAUGGUGAGAAAUCCACUCCAAAUAGCUCCUAGGGUUUGUUCUUCGCCCUUUCUCUCUCUAAAACUCUGUUUUUGCUCUGAAAAGUCGAUUCUCUCACUUGUGGCUCGAAUUUGGGUAAAAACCAGAAUUCCCGACUCACACGGGCCGGCCACACGGCCGUGUGACUUACCCAGAUGCCCGUGUGAGAGACAAAACGCGGCGUUUCAAAUAAUUAGACUUCAGGCUACCUACACGGCCAGGGACACACGGCCGUGUGGCAUGCCCAGUCUGCCGUGUGAAGGCUCGCACAAUCCCACACGGCCACAUUGGUUCCUCACACGGCCGUGUGGGUUUUAUGUGUGCCCGUGUGGCUUCCUCAAAGACUCAGCACACGUCCGAUCUUCGUCCAAUCGAUCCCGAACUCGCUCCCAAACCUUCAUUCAACGUACUAGGACCUGAAAUAUCACAAACAAGCACAACCUAGCGUGGAAUCCGCCUAAAACACGAGAAUCAACAUCUCAAACGGCUCAGGAAUAGGGGUAAUAACAUGUGCAAUCAACG